CUGUUCUGAUACGUUUGAUGGCACAUUAUGCUGAUUCAAGAUCAGUUUUCAAUAUCAGUUAAUUUAUUUUUAGAUGCACGAUUACAUCCAACCUGUAGAACCAAAACUUACUAGGGGCAGAUGUGGUGUAGUUUUUUUUUGGGGGGGGAUUAUGUCUUGUUUGCUACUACUUUAAAGGUAUUGGGAGCCUUUAUGACAAUUCUUUUAAAUUACCACUAGAUUCAGUAAUGAUCCAAACCAAAUUUGACUUUAUCCCAGCACAACCUAUCUCAAGUAUAAUAUAAAUGGACAAGUUGGAGAAAAAGAUCCACAGUACAGAACUACCUGUGGCAACUAAUGUUGCACUGUUAAUUCAAAAGUGUCUUGUUUGAAGAUCUGGAAGACCUUUAUUUGGCACAAAAACUAAGAUACAAGAAAUUGUGCAGGUUUCUAAACAGCGGAAACUCCACUCUUGGUUGAAACAAAAAGGCAGAAGUCAUCCAUAUAAGGAAAACCCUCCACGCGCAGCUGCCAGUAUGAGUUCAGAAGGAAUUGACUGUGACAGGAAGGAGAGCUGUAGUUCCCUGCAAAAAUCGUGGACAAAUGAACUGGUAGACCCACCCUUGAGUAAACAACAACUUGCCUUAAACUGCAAAGAACAUACAGAGGAUCAGAUCUUAAACAACAGCAAAGACAUUGACAAUAAAUCUUAUUCUUUGCUUGAGGAUAAUAACCUUAGGAGAAACAUGGAGGCAACCGUGGAAGCUUCUUUGAAUGAUGGCCAGAGUAACGACGAAGUGUUGGACUGUGUACCAGAGAGCCCUCUCUCAGAUGCAGGAUCUUCCAGUCUCCAAGAUGCAGAACAGUAUGAGUAUAUGGGAAUAAAAAUGCUGGUAGAAAGAGAAAGUGAGUCUGAAUCGUCUAUGGAGAUAGAUAAGAAAACCAGCCAGGGCUCUGAAGAUGAUCAAGUUCCUGAGGAAGAACAGGAUAAGAGCUUUAAACCUGAAGGCACUGAUUGCUAUGACACGAAAAUGAUAGGGGAAAGUUUUGUAUCUGAUGCAAAUAAUAUGGGCUGCUACCCCGUAGAAGGAAUAGAUAACCAUGAUUUAAAUGCUGGAGCAGUCACUCCUGGAUCGAGCACAACAAAGCACAGUGUUAAGAAGAGGCUGGCCAAAAUCACUGACCAUUUUUUAGCAGUUACUCCUAUAGCUGACAAGAAAAGGAAAGAUGUACAAAAAGAGUUUGAAAAUUCAUGUUUAAGAUCCAUUGAUCCAAACAGCACAUGGCUUGGAACACCUUUGGAAAAUAUGAGGAGAAUGCCAGUGUGUGGCAUGCCACAACCACCACUUAGACCAUCAUCGAAUCACACUAUCACUGUUAGGACUGACAAGCUGUUUGAAAACCGAGUAACUGAGCCAUAUCCAACUCAUUACAAAGACUCCUGGGAUAGUAGGCAUGUAAAAAUGCCCUGCUCGGAUAACAACCUGUACCUAGUAGCGGACCAGAAUGAUGAAAAGGAAGCUGUAAGUCGCUGGAAGCUGAUUGAAACAUCUCUUCUAAACAAGAUCAGAACUCCGCAAGAUUUAAGGGAAGCGAUUCUAAAAUACAACAUGCUAUAUUCCAAGAAGUGGGAUUUUACUGCUUUGAUUGAUCUCUGCGAAAAGGUUUUUGAAGAAGCAGAGUAUGACCACCUCUUCCACUCCAUUCUUCCGGACAUGGUGAAUUUGGCUCUUAGCCUUCCAAAUAUUUGCACUCAGCCUACUCCUUUGCUCAAACAAAAAAUGAAUCACUCCAUCACCAUGUCGCAGAUGCAGAUUGCUUCCCUACUUGCAAAUGCUUUCUUCUGCACGUUUCCACGACGGAAUGCCAGGAUGAAAUCUGAGUACUCAUCCUACCCAGACAUAAACUUCAACAGGUUAUUUGAAGGGAAAAAUCCAAAGAAAGCAGAGAAACUGAAGACACUCUUUUGUUAUUUUCGAAGGGUUACAGAAAAGAAGCCUACAGGUUUGGUAACAUUCACAAGGCAACAUCUUGAUUGUUUUCCUGAUUGGGAAAGGUCUAGUAAAAAGUUAACAAGAAUACAUGUUACCUCUGAAGGUACUAUUGAAGGAAAUGGACACGGCAUGCUUCAGGUUGAUUUUGCCAACCGCUUUGUUGGGGGUGGUGUCACUGGUGGAGGCCUUGUUCAAGAAGAAAUUCGAUUCCUUAUAAACCCUGAAUUGAUAGUAUCACGUCUUUUUACUGAAGUUCUGGAUUCCAAUGAAUGCCUUAUUAUCACAGGUGCAGAGCAGUACAGUGAAUACACUGGAUAUUCAGAGACCUACAAAUGGGCUUGUGUUCAUGAAGAUGAGUCUCCCAGGGAUGAAUGGCAGCGACGGACUACAGAAAUUGUUGCUAUUGAUGCUUUCCACUUCAGACGACCCAUUGACCAGUUUGUCCCUGAGAAGAUUAAGAGAGAGCUAAAUAAGGCUUUUUGUGGGUUUUAUCGUCCUGAAGUAAAUCCACAAAAUUUGUCUGCGGUGGCUACAGGCAACUGGGGCUGCGGUGCAUUUGGAGGUGAUCCUAGAUUAAAAGCGUUAAUACAGCUUCUUGCUGCUGCUGAAGUUGGGCGUGACCUGGUGUAUUUCACUUUUGGAGACCGUGAGCUAAUGAAAGAUAUCUACCUAAUGUACUCAUUUCUUACAGAAAAGAAUAAAACAGUGGGUGAUAUAUACAGCAUGUUGAUAGAAUAUCAUAACAAAGUGUGCAGAAACUGUUCUACUCCAAGGCCAGAUGAAAAGCUGUACCGAUUUAUAUACAACAACUUGAAAUCCUGAAUGAUUCGGGAAACUACACUUGUACUCAACUAAAAGCAAUUACAAUAAUCUGGGUAUUAUAUAGGCUAUCAUUAUCUGUGUAUAUAUAAGAGCCCUUUAGUCCUACAUGCUUUUUUAGUGUAAAAUGGGAUAUUUACAGGGCUGUGUUUAUAUUAUUUGGUUUACAAUAUGCAUUCACUUUGACUGAAUUUUUUCUUUCAUUGAUUUUUAUUUUCCUUAUUACUGCAGAGUUGAUAAUUAUUUUUAUUAGGUUGUUUAGAGAAAAGAAAAAUGCACCAUGCCAGCCUAUAUAAGCAAUACUGUGUUUAUAGCUGCUGCUCUAUAAAACUUGCAUCAACAGUGGGAUGAUAUGCAGAUCUUGUACAUCUGUGCUGGUGGAUCAAGCAAUGGAAUUAUUACUUGCUUUUUAACUGAUGAAGUCCUGACUCAUGUCCAGCCACAAAACGUUCUGGAAGUAUUUACACAUGUUGAGUUUCAUGCAAGUUUGAUAUGCACCAUUUAACUGUUUCUGAAUUUAAAAAUAUCCUGUCAAUAAACAGAACAAUUAAAGUAUACAUUUAUUUGCAGCUACAAAGUAUUAAAUAUAAAA